AUGAAGCGUCAGCAACAGUUACAAAAGUUCCAUCAUCAACAGAAGAGGUCAGGCCUGAGCUUGAGGCCGUCUCGGGCAUUGUGUCUCGGUCUGCUGCUACUGCUGCAGCUCACGGACAAAAGCCGAGCUGCCGCCGCCGGCCAAGGUGGCGGGCCCGGCAACGCCAACAUCAUGAACAACAAUAACAACAACGAGCAUAGCGGCGGCGGUGGCAGUAGCGGCGAGCUCGACGAGUGCGACCCGGACAUGGUCGGCUUCGAGCUCGUCACCGGCUACGUCUACACGUCGCCGAAGAAUCUGAUCGAGUCGAUACCGGGCAGCCUCAUGCUCACCGAGUGCUUAGAGACCUGCCAAGCCAACGACUCCUGCCAGGCGGUCAACUACGAGACCGGACUCUGCGUCCUCUUCAGCAGCAACGCCGACAGCAAUCCAACUGCCCUGUCGCAAUCGCAGUUCCCCGUGUUUACGAUUUACGCGCAGAAGAGCUGUCUGUCGGUGAAGCCGUGCGAGCGCGCCUGGUGCAUCGACAGGGUGCAGGGCCAUCGCCUCGUCGGCCAUACGAAGCGCACGACCAACGCGUCCACGCGCCAGCACUGCCUCGAGACUUGCCUCGGCGAAAGGGACUUCCUCUGUCGAUCGGCCAACUACCACAACGUGUCGAAAUUGUGCGAGCUGUCGGACAUGGACAGGCUGACGGUGGCCGGCUCGAGCAACGCCCUGGAAGUGGCCAAGAACGUGGACUACUUGGAGAACCACUGCGUCGACGAGCCCGUGAAGCUGUGCGAAUUCAAGAAAAUCACCGGGCGCAUCCUCAAGACGGUCGACUCGGUCUAUCAGGACGUAGCGACGGCCGAGGAGUGUCGCGAGCUCUGCCUCAACUCGCCCUUCCGCUGUCACUCGUACGAUUACGGCGACACAGGCGACAUGGUCUGCCGACUUAGUCAUCAUUCCCGUGCUACUCUAUCCGAUAUUACGGAUCCGUACCUCGACGUGCCAGAGGCCUCGACUUACGAGCUGAGCUCGUGCUACAACGUGUCGAUAGACUGCCUGGCCGGCGACAUGGUCGCCCGCAUCCAGACCAGCAAGCUCUUCAACGGCAAGGUCUACGCCAAGGGCUCGCCCAACUCGUGCGUGCAGGACGUCAAGGGCGCCCUCGAGUUCGAGCUGCGCAUGGCCUACGACGAUCUCGAGUGCAACGUCAAGCAGCAGGGCCUCGGGCGCUACCUCAACGACGUGGUCAUCCAGCACCACGACACCAUAGUCACGAGCUCGGAUCUGGGCCUGGCGGUCACCUGCCAGUACGACCUCACCAACAAGACCGUGUCCAACGAGGUGGACCUCGGCGUGCACGGCGACAUCAACCCGGUGCUGACCGAGGAGGUCGUGGUCGACUCGCCCAACGUGGCCAUGAAGAUCACCGACCGCAACGGCCUCGACGCCAUCCCGUCGGCCGAGGUCGGCGACCCGCUCGCCUUGAAGUUCGAGAUCCUCGAUCCGAACAGCCCUUACGAGAUCUUCGUGCGCGAGCUCGUCGCCAUGGACGGAGUCGACUCCAGCGAGAUCGUACUGAUCGACUCGAGGGGAUGCCCCACCGACCAUGUGAUCAUGGGGCCGCUUUACAAGUCAACCGUUUCCGGAAAGAUCCUGCUGUCACACUUUGACGCCUUCAAAUUCCCAAGCUCGGAGGUCGUGCAGUUCCGUGCCCUGGUGACGCCCUGCAUGCCCAGCUGCGAGCCCGUCCAGUGCGACCAAGAGGAGUCCACGGGCGAGCUGCGCUCCGUCAUCUCGUACGGCAAGCGACGUCGCCGACGCUCCACCAGCGGCGGGCACGGCCAGACGUCGCGAGAGGACCUCCUGCUCGUCCAGUCGAUCCAGAUCACCGACAAGUUCAACUUCGAGCAGCAACAGCAGCAGCAGCACAAGGCCAACAUCAGCAGCUCGUCGACGAGCUACACCCGCGACAACGUGUACGCCGACAUCGGCGAGGAUCUGUCCAGUCUGGGUGGCGGCAGCUCUAGCAUACCGACCAGCGGUCUCAUGAGCCUGUGCAUGAACCUGGGGGAGAUCAUCGUGGCCGGUACGGUAUUCCUAGUCGCUCAAAUAGCCAUCAUCGCCGCGUGGACGUUCGCUUGGCAGCGCCGCCGACAGAUACUCAAGCAUCAGGAGGCUCUGUCGGUAUCGGUCUCCGUGCCCGGCUUACACGGCUCGAGGACCGACAGCCUCUGCAAGCUCUACGACUCGGCGGCUCAUCAUCAUCAGGGUUACUCGCGCCGCUUCUGAUCGAUCGACUCUCGCCUCUCUCUAUAUGAAACGCAUAUCUAUCGCUACGACUCUUAGUCCUUCUCUGACCCAGCCCCCACCGUUGCACGAACGAAUCAACAGAAAAUAUAUUAAUAAAAGAGAGAGAGAGAGAGAGAGAGACAUGAGACUCGAUCGACAAUGUCCAGUUGUCCACGAUUCUCGACAC